CGUGUCUCGCCUCAUAUGCCACGGAGACCGUGAUGAAAAUUUGCCAUGGAAGACGGCGAUGCAACCUGGCGGCAGACGCGAACACAUUUGGAAGCCCUUGCCAACCCAACUCUCGAAUGUACUUAAAGGUUGUUUAUACAUGCGUGCCAAAACAAGUUCUUAAAGAUAGCAAGGAGUCGGAAGUAGAGCCUGACGAAGCUGAGGACUUAGACGGCGAUAUGAAUGAUCUAUACGACGAUGAGCUGAUCUACAAGGAGUCAGAAGCUAUUCCUAAGCUAUACAGCAAUACAACAACGGCAAGACGCGGUAAUGGCACCAGCUCAGCCGGGUCGGGGUCCAGUGCUAACGUGUCGAGCAACCAGACCAUAAUGAACAGAUCCCAGGUUAUAGAUGGCGAUAAAAGUGGCGUGAAUCCUGUGAUGACACACAGUGCUGACCAGAGUCUGGAAGAGGACCAGGAACGUUUAUAUUUGUAUCUUAUUGUCUUGGGCUCACUGGGAGUGCUUUUCUCUAUAAUCAUUUUCGCAACUAAGCUAGUGCCAAAGCGCGAUCUUACUACUGAUGCGCACUUAAGCUCCUUGGCCAAAGGAAGGGAUAGAGCAAUUGAGGAGACAAUUAUCCAGAGCGGUUUAAACGAUACAAUCUCAGAAAUAGACGCCGACAUUGACAUUAAAACUCCACUGCCCUUACCCAGUGUGUUUAAAAAUGAGAACUACCUGACGUACGCUCCAGCUAGUAGCCUUUACGCUGGUUUGUCCCCCAACCAGUUACCUCCGGUGAGUUGCCCAGGACCUGGCGCCGAGCUUAUGCCAAAUUCAGUUUUAAUGGCGGGUCGUCAGUCACCUGACCUCAUCGGUGUAGCGCAGGGACCUUUUGUCACCACGAGUGUUGGCAGUGCAGGCGGUCAGGGUCCAGUAGCGGGCAUUCUGACCUCAGCUAUUGUGAUUGGAACUAGCGCCCCCAGUAACAGUCCAAUAAGUCCAAUGGUACCAUUACCUCGCUGGACCCGUAUACGAGUGCGCCUUCAAUCAGUGAAUACGAUUAUCCCCUGAAAAUUGGGCGGUAUC